AUGGCCAGUGGCACAUGCCGCCGCAAGGCUUUCUUCCUCAACAGCAUCAUCCGCAAAGCCACCUCUCUCAUGCUCCUCCCGGUCCACCCGGGCCGCCCCAUAUUAUGCCUAUGUCUCCCCCAUUCAACUCCCUCAAGCAGCGCGAGCUCCAUCUCCUCUCCUCCCUCAACCUCCACAUCCCUCAGACCUGUGCUUCCUGUCGGCAAUGCGUGGCUGAACACAGGUGCCAGCGCGUUCGUACCUAGACAGUCGAAGGUUUUCAUCAAGGCCGCGGACGGCAAGGAGGUGGACUUGCAGGAGCUCAGGAAGCAGCAGGCGCAGGCUGGAGCGCCCAUUGCGCUGCCGUCGCCUGCCAGUCCGCGCUGCAGUAUCGAGAGGCUGAAGAAGGAGGAGAAGUGCAAGAAGAAGGAGGAGGAGGCUGAGGAGAAGGAGAGGAAGGAGCGGAAGGAGCAGGAGCGGAAGGAGCAGGAGCGGAAGAAGAGGCAGGAGGAGGUGAAGGAGGAGGAGGAGCGGCAAGGAGGGCGAUGAAGCCGCCUCAGUUCUUAGCUCUGCGCGAUAUUACUGUACUCUUGAUUAUGAAAAUGUGUUCUUACUAGCUAUGGCCACGUUACUACCUGAUCCCUCCGGCCUUCGUACAUUAACACUAAAUUCUUGCGUCCUGGUACAUUACCGCUUAGUGAUUAUCAGGUCCUUGAUAGAUUCGGAA